AUGGCAUUGGGGGCUCAAAGAAAAAAGAAAGAAAAGCAAAGCGAUGAAAAAGACACAGAAAUAAACGCGGGAAAUACAAACAGCAGCAGCAACAGCAGCAGCAGCAGCAGCAGCAACAGCAGCAACAGCAGCAGCAGCGCUUCUCAGACGGGCAACGAGCAUAUCCGUGGACAGGAAGAUACUGCGAGCAUAGUCACUAAAGACAGCGACAGCAGCAGCAGCAGCAGCAGCGCCGAGAGCAGCAACAGCAGCAGCAGCAGCAGCAACAGCGGCAGCGGCGAAAGCAGCAGCAGCAGCAACAGCGGCAGCGGCGAAAGCAGCAGCAGCAGCAGCAGCAGCAGCAGCAGCAACUCCGAAGACAGUAGAAGCAACAGCGGCAGCAGCAACGGAAGCACCGAGUGCAACAGCAGCAACAACAACGACAACAACAGCAACGACCCCAGCAGCAGCAGCAGCAGCAGCAGCAGCAGCAGCAGCAGCGGCAGCAGCAGCAGCAGCAGUGCUCAAGAGUCUCCUGAGAAAGAAGCUGAGGGCGCUGAUAAAACCCUUCGCGGCUCCUGCAAAGGCAAGACUUGUUUGCGGUCUCCCCGCUGCUGCUGCUGUUGCUGCUGUUGCUGCUGCUGCUGUUGCUGCUGCUGUUGCUGCUGCUGUUGUUGCUGCUGUGUUGCUGCUGCAGGAGCUGCUGGCUCUCUCCCUAUGGCUGCUGUUGUCGUUGCUUCUGCUGCUUCUGUUGCUGCUGCCGCUGCAGCCAAUGCUGGUGGCUUUGCUGCUGCCAUUGCUGCUUGCUGCUGCUGCCACGCUGCUGCUGCUGCUGCUGCUGCUGCUGCUGCUGCUGCUGCGCAGGCCCCGGCUGGGAAGGUGUCUCCGUUUGUCUCCAUUUAG